CAUUUACAUAGUGGUAUGUAACCGUCGAUAUUUUGGAAUCUGUUUUCUUUGGUACUAGUUUUACCCGUUUUGACCGGAAAAACAAAACCGCGGUUCGUUGCUUUCUACUCAAUUUUGAUUUCGAUUAAAAAUUUGAUGGCCCACUUUUGAUAUAAAACACCAAGAAUGUCUUACGGAAGCCACUCGGCUCUGUCACACCAAGACAUGCUCGAUACAGCUGGUCGACUGGUGGAUAGACAUCUACAGGAGGAUAGGACAAGCCUGGAUCUCUCGGAACUACUUCGUGUACCAAUGCACACCCAGCCCAGUGUGAGCGGUCUCCAUGACUUUGACUACCCCAGCCUGCUGGAAACCAGUACUGGUCUGGAUGCGCUGUCUGAGGUCUCACACGUCAAGAGGGUCCCCCUGCCACCGGAGUUGGUUGAGCAGUUUGGACGCAUGCAGUGUAAUUGCAUGAUGGGGCUGGUUCCAGAGAUUGAGCGUGCAUGGCUCUCCAUCGACAGCGACAUAUUUGUGUGGAAAUAUGAAGAUGGAGGUGACCUAGCCUAUUUUGAUGGAAUCAACGAAACAAUUCUUUCAGCAGCAUUAGUCAAACCAAAGAAAGGCAUAUUCCAGUCUCACAUCCAGUACCUACUAGUGUUGGCCACGCCAGUUGACAUAGUCCUGCUGGGAGUCAGCUUCUCUAAUACAAACGCUGAGUUUGACGAGAUGCACCUGCUGCCAGAGCCCUUGUUCUCCAUCCCCACUGACAACACGUACAUCAUGAGCAUUCUGGGUACUGAGAGUGGCCGCAUCUUCAUGGCCGGCAAAGACGGGUGUCUCUAUGAACUGGCUUAUCAGGCAGACGAUGGUUGGUUCAGUCGCAAGUGCAGAAAGGUGAACCACUCUACCAGCUCCCUAUCCUUCUUCGUGCCUUCCUUUCUGAACUUCUCAUUCAGCGAAGAAGAUCCUCUGGUGCAGAUACAGGUGGACAAUACACGUAACAUCCUGUAUGGCCGCACUGAGAAGGGCACUUUACAGGUGUAUGACCUUGGGGCUGAUGGGAAGGGGCUGUCCAAGGUCGCAGCUAUCCCUUUGCAGAAUAUUGUACACAAUGCUUCACACAUAGCCAGGACAAUAGACAGAUCAAACUUCAAGCCAUUGGUGCACAUUGCUCCCAUCACAAGCUCUGAGUCCAGCAACGUCCAUCUUGUGGCCAUAACACAGACAGGACUUCGCCUGUACUUCACGACCAACCCAUUCGGCAGUUCCAAGUCACGCCCCAGCAUGCUGACGCUGGUUCACGUAAGACUCCCGCCUGGCUUCCUGAUCUCCACCGCCCCACAGAGGCCCAACAACGUACACAUGGCCUACUACAAGCAGGGUUGCAUGUUGCUGAUGGCCUCUCAAGGGGAGAGCAGUGAUCUACUGUGGACAAUCGGCAGUGAUUCCUUCCCCUUUCAGAAUCAACUCAUGGAGUCACAUUCCACAGUUCCUGUGGACGGCAGGACGUGGUCUGUGGGAGAGCUGGACUACUACCACCCACCCCUACCCGCUGCUGAGAGUACCGGACGAGACCCGCCCGUCGUGGUCACACAACAUACACAGCCACCACGUAAAUUCAUCAUACUUAGCGCACAGGGCAGUCACAUUUUAAGCAAGCUGCGUCCUGUGGAUCAGCUGCGACAGCUGCUCAUUGACUGUCAGGGACCUGACUCAGAGGAAGUGAAGGCAUUCUUCAGGCUACAUAAGAUAGAGCAGUCUUGCGCCACAUGCCUAAUUCUUGCCUGUUCACGGAUGGCCUCAGAGCAGCAAGUGGCAGAUUGGGCUAAAAUGGCAUUCUUCCAGUAUGGCGGGGAGGCCCAGUACUCGUACAGUGAUCGGCCCAUGAUGCCGAGUAACAUUGGGCCUGCAGGUGGUGGGUUUGGUAACAUGUCCAUGUUCAGUCCUGGUGGACCUCAGCAGCCACACAACUUCUCCUCCUUCCCUACCCCCGCACCAGGCAUGCAUCCUAACCAAGCGUCUACACCGCUGAUGUAUGGGAACCAGACCAUGUACCAGCAUAUGGACAUGAGCAUGAGUGGGGGACCAGGAUACAUGCAGAACAUCACAUUCUCUGGAAAGCACAACGGAAUCUGUCUGUACCUGUCUCGUAUCCUCAGACCUAUUUGGGAGUCCAUGGUGACCAAAGAAUAUCCAUGUCAGACACCGCAAGGAAAACUGAUCUAUUUGACCUGUAACUUUGCGAGUGAAGACCUGGGUGUCAUGCUUGACAACAUUCGGGAACUCUCUGACUUUGUUGACUUCAACUCUAAGUUUGACAUGGGUCCAACUGGCAAUAGCAGCAUGGUAGGUCCUCCAUACACUCCUCACAUCAUGGGCCAUAUGGACGAACAGACGAGAAGAAAGCUUCAAAUUGAGGCAAUGAAGAUAGAGCGCGCCUCCCUGCAGCACAUCCAGGAGCUGAUACAUCGGGUGGAGGAAGUGCUGGGACUGCUCAGAGUGCUUAUUGACCACCAGUUCCACACUCUUGCUUGUACCCUUACACAGGAUCAGCAGAAUCAGUUGAAAACAUUGACAUUCAAGCUGUUUGUGACCACUGGGAAAGAUCUGUGUGGCAGCCUCAUCCAGUCCUUGAUCAAUCGUUACCUGGACGACAACGCCACCACAGAUGCCAUCAGCACCAGACUGCGUGAGAUUUGUCCCUCACUGUACAGCACUGAUGAUGCCACUUGCUCUAAGGCCAAUGAGAUGCUGCAGUUAGCCAGGCAGAGCCAGAGUCCCACAGAGAGGAGACAGUGUCUGCACGAGGCACUGAGACUGUACAAGGGUGUUAGUCAGCCCCUGUCGCUGUCUGAAGUGUGUAACCAGUUUGCCAGCGUGCACUUUUAUGAUGGUAUCGUAGACCUGUGCCUCACCAUGGCCAACAAGCGAGACCCACAGAAGUUGGCCCUACACUUCUACAACAAUGACGCUCCCCCUGAUGACAUUCAGGGGGUCACUGAACUCAUGCAGAGGAAGGAGUGUUACAAGUGUAUAACGGAGACCCUGGGUUACCUUCUGACUGCCAGCGUCCCUCAAGGGGCCACUGUGAUCCCUAAAUCCCCUGGCCCCCCUCCAGCCCCUGAUGCCAGCAGAAUGUCUAUCGAGGAUGCAGAGUACUAUAACUCGGAGGUGUUUCGUCUGGCUCUGAAGUCUGAUGAUGAACUCUUCCAUGUGUCCCUGUAUGAGUGGCUCUUUAGCAUGGGAAUGACUGACAAACUGCUUGAGAUUCAGACCCCAUUCUUGGAGCCGUUCUUGAAGCGUCGCUCUGGUUACCAGUCAGGGGAUGUUGGCGCGCUUGAUCUGUUGUGGAAAUACUAUGAGAAGAUCCAGAACUAUCCGGCUGCAGCGAGAAUACUGGCACGGCUUGCAGAGAGACAUGGGACGGAUGUUGACCUCCAGAAGCGUAUAGUUCUAUUGUCGAGAGCGAUCAUCUGUGCCAAGAGUUCUACGUCGCGUGCCUCGUCUGCUGCCGAGGGAGAGUUCUUGCAUGAACUUGAAGAGAAAAUGGAGGUGGCCAGACUGCAGAUGAAUGUACUGCGGGCCCUCAAUCUCACUGUUGGAGGCCCAGAUGUGGAGGAGGCCAUGUCCAGGCUGGAGUCCGACCUUCUGGAUAUCACCAUGUUAUACGAGGAUUUUGCUGACCGGUUCAACCUGUCUGAAUGCAAGCUGGCCAUAGUCCAUUGUGCAGGGCUGUAUGACAGUGCCUUGAUUGAGAACUUAUGGCAGAACAUCAUAGAUAAAGAGCUUGAGAACACCAGAUCCAGUGCCCCACCUGUCCGUGUAAAGAACAUCAGCAACAAGCUGUGCAUGGUAGGCAAGACGUACAUCAAGGCGGAGAGAUACUUCCCAUUUGGGUUCAUAGUGAAGUACCUGGAGCAGAGGAGCUGUGAGCUGCAGCUGGAGACCGGCUGGGUGUUUCAGCUCAUGUUGGACAUCGGUACGCCUGCACUGAGACUGCUAGAGCUCUAUGACCGCAUGUUCAAGUCCAGGGAUCCAUUCUGGUCGUCUGUCAACAAGCCCCUGCAUCUUCUACAAGUGAUCUACCAGCUGCUCAACAAACUGUGCGACAGUCCAACUCUUAUACCCACAUAUGAAAGACGCCAAUUCAGUACUCUGGGUCUGGACUACAUAGCCUGCUAUCUGGUAGAACUACAGUCGAUCAGUAGCGUGGACGUCGGUGUGCGUACCCUGGUAUCUAACUUCAAGGGACUACAGGCUAAGAUGGAGAGGUUGUGAUAGAUAGAGGUUUCCAGACAGUGUGUUCAGUCUUUUAAAGUUGCCAUGUGCAUGUAAACUGUUAUAACAUCACUAUUACAUUAGAGCAGUGAUGUUUUUGUUAUAAAAGGUCUUAAAGAUUAUGUACAAGUUCAUAUUUGAAUUGUAUACUAUACUCAUAUUGUGUAUUCUGACAGAUGAGUUAGUGGUAAAACAAUGAUUAUGUUAAAGUUAAUCUGCAGUGCAUAUAAAAAUACGCUAUUGUAAAUAUCCAGUUGCAUUAAUGAGUAUUGUGGCUAUGUUAGUGCUAUAGAGAAAUAAUAACGAAGUAUUAGUGUAUAAACAACAAACUGCUUUUGUAAAACAUGACAGUUGAAGAAGCAUGUUGAGUAUCAAAAUAAUAUUCAGUGCUGUUUGAAGGAGAAAAUAUAUAGACAUUACAGGAUUUUAAUAUUUUGUUGAGGAAUAAAUGACCAAAGUUAAACAUUAGUCAAAUAUUUUCCACUGGAUGUAGUAAUGCUAUGUUCUCCAAUUAACACACAUUUUGAUAAAUGUUAAUUGUUAUUGUCAACUGGUAUUGAGGCUACUAUUACCACUUCACUACUGGCAAUUUAAUUGAUUUGUGCGGGUUUCUAUGAAAAUCAGGCUUUAUGCGAGUGGGUUAAGUAUUUGGUCCGGAUUAGAGUUUGCCAUCUGCACAGGCUUAUCUGGGACCACACUGUCUGCCUUUAUGGAAAUGUUUGGGUAAAAAGGAAGUCUAUUAUAAAAUCAAAGUGAAGGCAGAAAAAGCAAUCCUUGGUUAGGCUGUGCAGACCAGAGUGUGGCUCAUUUUGUAAGUGAAACUACAUAUUUGUCACUCGUUCCUGUGUAGUUACCUUCUGCACAACUUCAACUUCUUUUCUUAAGUUUUCAUUCUUAAAAGAUAAGGUUGAUUGUCACGUUGCUUUGUGGAUUAUUGUGAAAUGAAAUAAAUGAAUAUCUUCAGUGA